AUGGAUGCAGAGGAGGUUAUUGAAUCCAUCAUCAGAGGACUCAUGUUCCUGGCUGGGGUCCUUGGGAACAACUGGCUGGCGAUUCGCUCUGUACCAAGGCAGAAAUCAGGCAUUCGCACCAACGAGGUCCUCUUCAUCAACCUGGCUGUGUCCAACCUCAUCACUAACUACCUGGUGGACCUACCAGACACCAUCGCGGACUUCGCUGGGCGUUGGUUCCUUGGGGAAACCUUCUGCGGAGUGUUUCGAUUUUGUGCUGACCUCUCUGAAACCAGCAGCAUCUACACAACGUUCUUCAUCAGUAUUUUCUGGCACCAGAAGCUCGUUGGAUCUUUAAAGCGUGGCGGUGCUCCGGUGCAGCUGGACAGCCUUUGCUUGGUUGGAUGUCUUCUGGCUGGGAGCUGGACGGUGGCUGUGGCCUUCAGCAUCCCACACUUCUUUUUUGUCACAGUAAAGGCGAAUAAUGACAGCCAUGAAGAUUGUGUUGACCUUUUCCCUAAUGCGAUCGCUAGACAAACCUAUGAUGUCUGUUACCUAACCCUGGCAAACGCUGUUCCUGUUGCUGGGAUUGUUUUUGUUAGCAUCCAGAUCGUCAUAACUCUUCUUCGAAACCAGAGGCGUAUUCGGGGUCACAGCUCUGACACCACCAAGGCGAUGGUGAAAGAUGAAGGCAAAAUAUCUGACAGCAGAAAUGCAGAACCAUCCGCCAGCGCUGCUUCUUGCCCAAGCACUUCAAGAGAUCCCAGUGAUCCCGGAUCCCUGACCAACAUCUACACCGGUGUGACUGCUUCCUGUCCAAAUCAAGGUGAAAUCUCCAACAGCAAAGUCAGAGCUCCACCAACUCCUCCAAGGCCCAGCCAGAUGCCGGCUAAACCAAGUCAGAGCGCAAGCUCUCAGGUGAGGGCAGCCAAGAGUGUAGUGGCAGUAGCGAGCGUGUUCCUGGUCUGCUGGCUGACUCAUAUGGUUCUGCGCAUCACCAACAACAUCCACACCUCAUCAAUAGUAGUGGAGGUGGCCAGUUAUGUUGCAGCCUCCUACACCUGCAUUAUUCCAUAUAUAUUCUUGUACGGAGUCAAAAAGCUUUCUUGCUCAUGCAAACAGUAG